CCUAUGCCAGUGAAACAGUGUCAGCCAAACCUGUGUCGGUUAACUGGGUGUCAACCAUUCUGUGUCAGUUAAUCUGUGUCAGUCAUCUUCUACCUGACAACCUGUGUCGGUUAACUGGGUGAUAGUCAUCCUGUGUCAUUUAAGCUGUGUCAGUCAACCUGUGUCGAUCAACCGGUGUUAAGCUGUGUCAGUCAAACUUGUGCCGGUUAACUGGGUGUCAACCAUUCUGUGUCAGUUAAUCUGUGUCAGUCAUCCUCUAUUUGACAACCUGUGUCGGUUAACUGGGUGACAGUCAUCCUGUAUCAGUCAACCUGUGUCAGUCAACCUCUGUUAGUCAACUGGUGUCAGUUAACUUGAGUCAGUCACUUGUAUCAGUUAACCCUGAGUCAGUCAGCCUCUCAAACAUUCAACAGUUUCUAACCAGCGAAGGACUUGUAAAGGCGUGCGAGAUGAAAUUAAAAGGCAUAAACGUGUGUGUCAUCCUUUUGACCGUCAUGAACCACAGUCAGUCUGCUUCAGUCAGAGGGACUGGAGACGAUGACAUCCUCGUCGACAUCAAAGGCAAACUGGAGGAGAUUUGCCUUUCACUCAGUCGUUUGCUGAACUUAGUCAACUCUCUAACUACAAGUCCAGCGCCUCUCUCGUCAACCAUCUUAUCUACUGAGCUUCCACAUGCGUCAUCCACUCCUCUUCCACCUGAAACGUCGGGUGAUUCAUCGACUGAGUCAACCACAGAUUUCAAAACUGAUACGGCCACUUACUCCUCUGUUAUAUAUUCUACUGAUUUUCCUACUAAAAUAUCUACGUAUCUUACUACUUUCGAGGAAUCCACUCAGCUAUCUAGUGAAUCAUCCACUUUUCCUCCUGCUGAAUCAUCCACUUUUCCCACCGUUGAAUCAUCCACUUUUCCCACCGUCGAAUCAUCCACUUUUCCUCCUGCUGAAUCAUCCACUUUUCCCACCGUUGAAUCAUCCACUUUUCCUCCUGCUGAAUCAUCCACUUUUCCCACCGUUGAAUCAUCCACUUUUCCUCCUGCUGAAUCAUCCACUUUUCCUCCAGCUGAAUCAUCCACUUUUCCCACCGUUGAAUCAUCCACUUUUCCUCCUGCUGAAUCAUCCACUUUUACUAGCGUUGAAUCAUCCACUUUUUUUCCUGCUGAAUCAUCGACUUUUCCUGCUGAAUCGUCCACUUCUACUGAAUUAUCCCCUCUUCCUUCUGCUGAAUUAUCCAUUUCUGUUGAAUUAUCUUCUCUGCCUCCUAAACCACUUACCCAAUUAUCUACCAAGCCAUCUAAUCUACAUAGUGAAUCAAUAUUUCAACUUUCUACUAAAACAACUGGCUUCUUAACUGACAAAUCACCUGCUCCAGUAUUAACCCAGUUAUCGACAAAUCAACUUAUUGAGCAUUCCACUUACCCAUCAACUCAGUCAACCGCUCGAUCAUCUACUGGAAAAUCAUCUGCAGAAUCGACACAUCUUGCUACUGAAAAACAACGCACUGAAUCAUCUACAGAUUUAUUUAUUGAUUCGACCAAGACGUUAGUAGGAUUUGCAUUUAUUCAGCUCGCUACUGACUGGUCGAUCCCAACGCAAAAUGAAGCAAAUGAAAAUAUUGUGGAAAAGUCUACCGAACUAUCUAGUGGAGCUCAGGCGGUUAUAUUGACUGGUCCUUUCAGUCAGCAAUCAGGCGAGUCAUCUACCCACAUACUUACUAAAUCGACUGCUGAAUUAUCAACUAAACUGCAAGACACACGUGACAAGAACGAGCUAGCGAACGCACAAUUUUGCACCUCUCGAUACCAAGCACAGAAUUCGAAUUACGUCACUGGCAUCAAGACUUCCGGUAGAGAUUUGUGCAAACGUCUCUCCUCUGCUUUAGACAAUAUCCUUAAAGUCACGAGGAAAAUGAAAAUAGACAUAAUAAAAGAGGAACAGCGAAAGGAACUACAAGAAUAUUCCGAUGACUUAGAAGAGAGCGUGAUCGGAGUGGAACAAGACCCGCUGUUCAUUUACGCGAUAAAUGUCGAGGUCUUCACCGCAUACCUAAAGGACGUUGAUAAGUCCGUAGACGAAGCUAAGACAGCAGUAGAGGAGAAAAUGUCGACUUUCCCCACGUUGAUCGUCGUCGUGAGCUCCAUUGGCGCCUGCUUUGCGUCUGCGGUGCUCGUCUUUGGCGGCGUCUUGGUCUACAGGAAUAAGAAUUGCCUAAUGUGCCGUUCACAGUGAAGAAGAAAAAAAAAAAAAAAAAAAAAAAAAAGGAAAUGAAGCACAUGAAAGUACGAAGAUCACCGUACCACUGCAAGCGAGGAAGUGAUCUGCAGCGUUUGACUCUAAAUUUUGUGUGUGUGUCUGUGGAAAGAAGCUUCUGUGUGCUAUAUAGUAUAUGCGUAGACCGAGGUUUUGUGAUUCAGAAACAUUAUUCAUAUUACGAGAAAAUGUAGAAAGACUAUUAUUAUUUCUUGCAGACACGUCCGCACACACUAACUUCAUACACGCGUACUCCACGCACACACAAAAACACACAUGAGAUCGCUGGCUAUCACCCAUUGCCAAAAGUUAUCAAGACCGUUGCUAGAUAACUGAUAUAAGAUGAAUGACCUCUGUUCUUAGUAAAAUAUUCUCACAGAACAAUGAUAUCCUUAUUCAUGCGCAUACAUAGUAGGUAGGUAGUAUCUAUAACGGUGAUGGUAUUUCUUCCUUUGCACCAAUACCAUUAUCAGUACCACCCUAGAGUUAUCGGAAAGAGGUAGAAUUUGGUAAUAUGUAAAUUCAGUUUUGGAAGACACUUUCCUAGUACUGCAAUUUUGAAGUGCAAGGCAGGGUUGGCAGUGUAGUUCAUUAUAACAGCGAGUGCAAGAGGGAAGGGUGUUUUAAGACUGGCUAUAGGAGGAAAUAAUAAUUUGAAAACUGUGCUGGAACCUAUAUUUAUUUCCGCACAGUUGCUAUUCAUUCUUUUGUAUGAUGCUAAACUAUAAAUCUAUAUUGUAUAAAUCAAUAAACUAUGUUGUUAUAAAGAAUAUUAUUCAGACCUUCCCCCAUUUAAGAAAAAAAUCUUGCUCACAGCCCAUGGAAAUAGAUUGCAUGUUUUUUUUUUUUUGUUUUUUUUUUUUCUAAUGAUUAUCCCUCAAUGGAAAUGAAUAAAUAAAUCAAAAUAUUCCACAUUGCGCAUUAUCGUCAUUCUUUUAUUCAACAAAUAACCGAGAGACAUAAAAGGAAGGGAGGAAAGCGGAGAG